AUGUCUCCAGCAAAUGAUUACAUUAAUUCAUCAGUAGAAGAUUUUAUCUUAGUUGGAUUUUCACAUCUUCAGUACUUUUACACUGUACUUUUUAUAAUAUUUUUGUGUAUUUACUUAACAGUAAUUUUCGGAAACUGUGUCAUACUUGUAGCAAUUUUAGCAAAUGAAAAGCUGCAGACCCCUAUGUACUUUUUUCUCUUUAAUCUUUCCAUUACUGAUAUGUUAUUUACAACUACUACAAUACCAAAAAUAUUAGCUCUGUUUGUAGCAAAAUCAAAUAAGAUUUCAUUUAGUCUGUGUUUUAUUCAGCUGUGCUUUUGGCAUAGUUUUGGUUGUAGUGAAGCAUUUCUUCUUGUAGUUAUGGCAUAUGACAGGUAUGUGGCUGUAUGCCGACCUUUAUAUUACAGAAAAAUUAUGUCUAACAAUGUUAAUAUUCUCCUUGUUGCUAGCACUUGGAUAUUUCCAUUUGUAUUUAUGAUACCUGUAUGUAUUCUAGCAUCUCAACUUCCAUUUUGUGGUCCAAAUGAAAUUCAAAACUGUUUCUGUGAACACUUAGCUGUAAUUAGAUUAGCCUGUAGUGAUAUAAAUUUCCAUGUUUACCUUGGUUUUGCUAUUGCAAUGACAGUGUCUUUCAUGCCUUUAAUUCUUGUUGUCUUAUCAUAUGUUAAAAUACUUACUUCAAUUUUUCAGAUUGGCUCUACCGAGGAACGUGUUAGAGCUUUCUCCAAAUGUAGCUCCCACAUAAUGGCUGUUUUCACAUAUUAUAUAUCAAUCAUUAUUGCUUAUGUAUCAUACGCUGUAGAGGUCACUAACAGUUUCCAUGUUGCGGCCACAAUUUGCAUUACAGUAUUAGCUCCUUCAUUAAACCCUUUAAUUUACACAUUAAGAAACAAAGAAGUCAAAGAAACAAUUGCAAAGCUUCUGAGUAGAUUAUUUGGUCAGUAUUCAUGA